AUGACGACGAGUGCUGCUGCUGCUGCUGCUGCGCGAAAGGAGUGUGUUAAAGGACAAGAAUGUAAACAAGCUGGUGUUGCACACUGCGAAGGAUGUUUACAAACAUUUUGUAUCAGACAUUUCAAUGAUCAUCGUCAGUCGUUGGAUGCUGAACUUAGCGAUCUUUCUAGUGAUUACAAUAAUUUUAAAACGACACUUGACCUCGAAGCUGCGAAUCCUUUCGUAGAGAUACGUCUUCAAGAGAUCAAUCAAUGGGAAAUGGAAUCGAUCCUAACGAUCCAAAAGAAAGCCAAUGAUUUACGUGAAACGUUAUCACACGUGAAAGACGUUCAUAUAGAAAGUCUAUCCACGAGAUUUCAAAGUUUGGUUCGACAAAUAGAAGACAGCAAAGGCAAGGAUGAUUUCGUUGAAAUGGAUAUCGAACGUUGGAGGAAAAGAUUGAAUGAUUUAAAAUCAAAUUUAAUCUCGCCGACAACGAUUAUUCUUGCUCAACAUUUAAGCACGCCGUUAGUUGCUACUAUGUCAGUGGACUUCCUCUGGACAGGAAAUGAACUGUUUGAUCGGGUUCUUAGUAAUGAUAUAAGAAUUGAAGAAGAAGGAGAAGUCGUUCGAGCGUUGAGCUUUUUCAUGGUGGCGAAUGAAAUACGUGGAAAAAAUAAUUAUGCAUUUGGCUGUCAUAAGAUUCGUCUUCGGAUUGAACAUUUAUCCAAGCAAUGGGCUUUCUUAGGAAUCAAUUCAGCGCGAAUUCCUUUGCAAAAAAACUCCUACGAAGUCAAAUCGGCGUAUGGAUGGUGCAGCAGUAAUUACAACUAUGUCAAAGGAAAAGCUCUACCGAAAACGUCAGGUCCAGCUAUUGAAAUGGAGGCGAACGAUUCAAUCACAUUAAUUUUCGAUUGUGACAAUCGACAAAUCUCGAUGAUUAACGAACGUACUCAAGUUAGACAUGAUCUAACUGUAAAUCCAUGCUAUUGUCCAUUUCCUUGGCAACUACAUGUUGUCUUGCGUAACCGACAGAGCUGUAUUCGUCUCCUGUCGACAUAA